AUGGAUUACAACUACUAUUAUCAUAAUCAUUCUUAUUUACCAAAUGUACCGUAUCCAAACUAUCCAAUGUCAAAUUCGUAUUGUCAAACUGAAUCAACUCCGUUUUAUGUAAUAAAUGAUUCUCUUCAAUUUUAUUCAUCGAAUCCUUCUCCACCUUCAUUAGAUACAUCCCAGCUGAACGACUCAUAUUUAUCGAUGUCAGAGUUUCAUUAUCCUACUCAAACAAUUCUAUCCAACACACAAUCGUUUUGUAAUAAUCCAGUAUGGCCGUUUCCUUCUUCAACAAGCUGCGUACAACCAGUUCCAUCUUGUAUUCCAUAUUCUACGUCAGCAUCAUUCAUAUCGCCACAAUUUUCGAGAAGAUCAAGCGAAAGCGAACAGAGUAAAUCACUUCAACUUCGAACUCAAAAACGUUUUAAAGAAAGUGAUCGACAAAUACUCUAUGCAAGUUACAGUCAAGAACCACAUCCUAGUUUAGCAGCUUAUCAACAGAUUGCCAAACAACUCAAUGUUCAAGUUGAUCGUGUUCAGCAAUGGUUCAAAAAUCGACGUUAUACCGACAAAAAGAAGCGUUCAGAUAGAACAAAAGUGGGAAAUAACAACAGAACAAAUAAAGACAAAGAAUCCUGA